AUGGCAGCUAUGUUAAUUCAUGUGAGUGGCACGGGGGUGGUGGAGAUCGACUUGGAUGAUGAGGCGCCAACUGCAGGACGCAUCGUGGCUGAGGUGCAGGAGCACCUGGCGGAGACCUGGCGCGGCAAUGCACUGCUCUCUCGUGGGCCUAAACAUUAUGCCCCGACGGAGCAUCUCCGCUCCGACGAAGAUGAUUGCCACGCCUACGCUUUUGCGCUGGCCAACUAUUCGCGCCUUGGCCCCAAAGCUGACAGCGGGCCACUCGAGAUACCCACGGAGCUCUGUGGGAUUACAAUCCAGCAGAUCCAGGACCUUCUGGAUUUCGUCCGCGAUGCAGUGGGUUUUUGGAGUGGGACCUUCGGGACGGAAUGGGGCACGCCUCUGUGCUACGAGACGUUCAACCUUUACCAUGCGCGCGAUUGGGUGAUCCAACCCGCUACGGCAAAUUGGCAUGCAAGAGGCUGCAGCUAUGUCGAGUUGGUGGCCGAGACCUCGGUGGCCCAGCAACCUUGCUGGUUCGUUUCGCACGCAUGGGUCGAACCCGUGGUUCACUUCCUGCAGUGCCUGCGCCGCCACGCGCAAGUCCGCGCUCUUCGAGGAAACUUUGCGUACUGGGUCUGUGCCUAUGCCAACAAUCAGCAUGAGCUCGAGGAAGAGAUCCCGGACAACCCUCGCAAGACAUCGUUUUAUCGGGCCAUGCUUCUUUGCCGCGGAGUUCUGCUUGUGCUGGACGCUGAUGCCACACCUUUUCAGCGCAUAUGGUGCUGCUUCGAGGAAAGCAUUGCUGUUGAGAACCGCGACUCUGCUGGCCUUCGCCUAGAUGUGGCCACAACGCAUGGCUCGAUAGCCCAUGUCAUAACGGAUGGCUUGGCAGGCGAGGAGACCUCCGUGCUUCCGGUCCUCGGACUUGUUGCCAAGUCCCGUCGCGAGGAGGCCUUCCCAACUGCACUCCUUCGAAGCGGGCUGUUGAUCCAGAUCGAGCACGCGCAGGCCUCUCAGGAGGUGGACAAGACUCGCAUCCUGAACAGCAUUGCGUUCCCCCGGUGUGACACCAAAGCCCUUGAUGCAAGCUACCAGGAGAGCCAUCCAAAUUACGAGGCCGUUAACCAAUGCCUUGCGUCGCACUUUGCCCUGAACAGCCUCUAUGGUUGUUAUGCCCAGGGGCAAGACCCCAGUGCUUUCCUCAACAGCUUGCGCGGAGAUGCACAGCGAGCCACCAUGCAACUCAGUUUAGCAGGCUGUGCCCGGUUUCGGGACGCAGAGCUUUGCGUUCUGCUGGAGCACCUGCCGAAACGGCUACUGAGCCUCCGCUUGGACCUCGUCUUCACUGGCCUGGAGGCCUUCGGAUCCUCCGAAGAAGGCGCCUUCGGCUGUGAUGCCUCCGGCUUCGUCUGCCCAAACUUGCAGACACUGCAGCUGCGCUUCAUGGGCAAACUCCGUGAAGCCCGUGGGCUUGCGGCGUUCUGCACUCCGACGCUGCAGUAUCUCGAGCUUUGGUUCUCCAAUCUUCCUCGGCUUGAGGACCUGCAGCUGGGCCACAGCAACGCGGCUCUGCUGAAUCUGCACUUGGAGGAGCUGGUCCUCCAUAUCCAGGGAUGCCCUCGGGUGCCUAAGGCCUCCAAGCAAGCGCUGUACAACGCUGCCCGAAGGCUCGGCAGCAGCAACACCGACCUGGAGAUGUGGCUUUGUGUGGAGGACGUGACAACCUGGUCAGACGACUUGAAGGGACUUGCUGUGCUGGGAAGGGGAGCUUUGCAGCGGCUGCUUUUCCAGGCGCAGCCCCGCGCCGUGCUGGGCACAGGCAGCAGCUCCCAGCCAGGGCUCCAGUGGGCUAAGGUGGAGAUUGAUGAGGACCUGCCGUUUCCAUGCAGCCGGAAGGGUUGCAGAUGCUUCCACGCUAACGCGAAUGGUUAUUGUGACAAGCACUGCUGCUGUGGUUUCUGUUAUGAUUUCCUUGCCACCAUCAGCGAGGCCCUGCAACGGUUGGAGUUGGCUCUCAUCUUCUUGGUACAAGCAGCCGCUGAUAUCGAGUCCAGAGGCCUUUUGCUGCUCAUCCUCCUGUCUCUGUGCCCGGUGCUUCUUUGUGACUUCGGAGAGUCAGCUGGCAUGCCCGUCCCGUGGCGACUUUGUGCUAUGUCGGUGUUGCUGCUCAUCGGCGGCUUCACCUACGCCAGUUUUCGCUUCGACCAACUGCAAAGCGCGACGACGGAGUUGUCGCUAGCCGUGGAGGCUCUCUACGCGCAAGUGUUGUCGUCCGAUCAGCACCUAUUCCAUGUUUCGCUGGUCUUCGGUGCGACCGGGGACGAAUAUCCAAGCAUCGACCAGGUGUGGCAGGAGCAAGUAGUAGAUUUGAAGAGCAGUUUUCUGCGUGCACGACGCCACUUUUCAUGCUUUCAGUGGGCCGUGGAGAAGGCCGUGCAGGCGGCGGGCGCGCAUGGCGAGGGCGCACAGUUGAAGCCUGCCGAUGAGGCAUUCCAGGCUGCCGUUGCUUACGGAGGAGCCGCCCAUGUUCUGGACCUCCUGUACUAUGAGAUCCAUUGCAACGGCCUGCUGCACGUGCAACAGGUGUGGGUUGAGCUGACCUCAUGUCUGCGGGGCGAGGAGCAGCCUGUGAGGAUAAUAGCUCUGCGGGAUGGCUUUGCCGGUGGGGAGGUUACUCGGGUCUGUGAGGUUGUCGUGUCCAUCGACGGCUACCUGGCUACGGUGCGGCUGCUGGAGACUUCCCUAGCUUCCGCAGAGGCGAAGCUGGCAGGCCUCUGCCGCCUGGCCGACUGCUUCGGGCUUCUGGCAGAGUCACGGCCCUGUCGAGGUGUGGCUUGUUCCCAGACCAAGCCCGAGACCAAGGAAGAGUCUGUCAUUCUGUUGGUUGCCCUUGGCCUUGUGAGGGCCACUAUGCUUCUGUGUAGUGCCUACUUCGCGCGACUAUACUUGAUCCAGUAUGCCGGCCCCUCCGAAAUCCCGACCUUUCUCCUGCAUCUGCUACUCUGUGACUAUGAAGAUCAGCAGGUCAUAGUCAAGGAACCAUCACCGGCCAAGGCACUAUCCUUUGCAUUCCCUUAUGCAGUCUUGGUCAUCGUCUUUGUAAAUGACUUACUGCGGUGCCGACGCCCGCCUCGGCGGAAGCUGAAGCUUUCGCAGCUCAUAUAUGAGCGCCACUUUGGCGUCUUUGGAGACUACUAUGUAUUGAAAGUGGCAAUAUUGCAGCUUAUGACAGUCCUGCUGCAGGCUUUCGGCAAAGUAAAGGUGCUCGGAGCUAUUGUUACGUUUGCCAUGUCGGAGAACAUUGUGGCAAUCUCGCUACUUGAGCAGACGUUUUGGGUGUUCUGGGGUCUCAUGGCCUUGAACAGCACAUAUCCAAGCCUGCUGUUUGUGCUUCCGGAUGCCUGGUGGUGUCGCUAUGGCUCUGCUGUUAUGGAUAUUAUUUUGGAUGUUGGGUAUGUGCUGACCCAUCUGCUGAUGAUAACGAUCGCGACGUCCGACCUGAGCUCUGAGAAACUCGUGUCUGGGAACUUUGGAGAGGACGCGGAGAUGGGCUUCAGCAAUCGAGUCGCUCCCGCGAUCUUUUUACCUCAGUUCUUCGCAGUCUAUGGCAGCAUUGCGCAUGCCUGUUGUGCCUGCCGUGCUGUGGAGCGUGUUGCAAAGCUGCCGCAGCUACCCCAGCUCUCCACGCGGCUUCAAGAGCAGCCUGGCCUUCUGAGAUUUGCCAGCACACCCAGUUCUUCCAGGUUGGCAAAGUUUCUCGAUUCAGGCCAUUGGCUGCCGUUGCGUCGCUGCUUCAAGGUCCUCUACUCUCCGAUCCUUUUGCUAAUUCUCGUCCUGCUCCUGCAAGACCCAGACUUCUACCCAAGCGCUGUUGAUUUCUUGUGUUUCCCUUGCCGGUGCGUUUACCACGAGGAUUGCGGUGCUUUGAGCAACGAGACAGCUGGGCCUUGCAAGCAAAAGGUCGGGAAUGUGCGACUGGAGAGCUGUGCCCUGGCAGCCACCCUGCGCCAAGAGGAGAUAUCGAUCAGCGGGAUCAGCAGCAUUGCGCCAGGGGCCUUGACCGGGCUUGGCUGCCACGUGAAGCGUCUGUCAUUCAGUAACAGCAACCUGACCUCCUUGCCAGCCCGGCGCUUCGAGAGCCUUGGCUGCUUGCUGGCGCUCGACCUGGGAAAGUCGCAGCUACACAAAUUGGACGAGGAGGCCUUCGUGGGACUCACACAGCUCAGAUUGCUUUCGCUGAGCCAGAACAAGCUCACCAACUUGUCGGCAAAUCUUUCGCAUAUGCCGCGUUUGGAGCAGCUACUUCUAGGAGGAAAAAGGAAUAAGUUCAAUAAGACGGUCGUUCGUGGAAACAAUUUGGUCUACCUGCCCUUGCUUGCGCACCCCAGGCUUCAAGUUGUGGACAUCAGUGAGAAUCUGUUGACAGCAAUGCCAAUGGCGGCUUUUACCGGUUUUCCAUCCCUACGAAUCCUCGACCUUGGUCGGAACAAGUUGGCAUCGCUUCCGGAAGGGCUGUUGGAGGGCUUGGCCUCGUUGCAGACAUUGGACUUGAGUUCAAACGAAUUAGCUUCGCUUCCGGAAGGGCUGUUUGCGGGUGUGGCCUCGUUGCAGAGGUUGGACUUGAGUUUAAACCGAUUAUCCGCAUUGCCGCAGGGGCAGUUUGCGGGCUUGGCCUCGCUGCAGACGUUGGACUUGAGCUGGAACUAUUUGGCAGCGCUUCCGGAGGAGCUGUUUGCCGGUUUGGCCUCGUUGCAGAGCUUGGACUUGCGCUCAAACAAAGUAGCAUCGCUUCCUGACAGGCUGUUUGCGGGCUUGGCCUCGUUGCAGACGUUGGGCUUGAGUUCCAACCAAUUAGCUUCGCUUCCAGAAGGGCUGUUUGCGGACUUGGCCUGGUUGCAGAACUUGGACCUGAGAUGGAACAAUUUGGCAUCGCUUCCGGAGGGGCUGUUUGCGGACUUGGCCUCGUUGUGGACGUUGGACUUGAGUUCAAACAUAUUACAAACGCUUCCGGAGGAGCUGUUUGCGGGUGUGGCCUCGUUGCAGAGGUUGGACUUGCGCUCAAACAAAUUAGCAUCGCUUCCUGACAGGCUGUUUGCGGGUUUGGCCUCGUUGCAGAGGUUGGACUUGCGCUCAAACAAAGUAGCAUCGCUUCCUGACAGGCUGUUUGCGGGCUUGGCCUCGUUGCAGACGUUGGGCUUGAGUUCAAACAGAUUAGCUUCGCUUCCAGAAGGGCUGUUUGCGGACUUGGCCUGGUUGCAGAACUUGGACCUGAGAUGGAACAAAUUGGCAUCGCUUCCGGAGGGGCUGUUUGCGGGCUUGACUCGGCUGCGGACGUUGGACUUGAGCUCAAACCGUUUGAGAGUACUUCCAGAGGCACUGUGUGCGGACCUGGCUCAAUUGCGAGAACUGACAGCCAUGCCACAGGGGCUGUUUACGAACUUGACGUUGUUGCACCAGCCGCUUAUUCAUGGGAACGGUUUGCCAACCUGA